CUAAAACGAAAAGGCAGGGAUUAAAUUCGCUAAUAUACAAACAAUUCAGGGACGAAAUUUGAAAGUUGCUUCGAACGAAUAGGAUAAGAGAACAUUUGGGUAAGCCUUUCCCGUUCACCACACCAUAGACAGUCCUCGACGUACAUCAGCAAUGGCUCAAGCGCUAGCAACACCCGUCGCACCUUCGCUCUCUCUUAUCUGCACAACCUCAUCUUCCUUCAAAUCCAAAUCCGCUUCAAACUCUCUAUCAUUCUCGACUUUCAAUCCUCCAAAGGUUGGUGGAUUGAGCAUAAGAUGCGCUCGUGUUGGAGGAGUUGAGAUACCGAACAACAAGAGAGUUCAGUAUUCGCUACAGUACAUUCAUGGAAUUGGGCGUACCAGAGCUCUUGAGAUCCUCAACGACCUCAAAAUGGAGAACAAAAUCACAAAAGAUUUAUCGGAAGAAGAGCUGAUUAUUCUUCGUGAUGAAGUUUCUAAGUACAUGAUUGAAGGAGACCUCAGGCGAUUCAAUGCGCUUGCAAUUAGGAGAUUGAAAGAAAUUCAGGCAAAAAGAUUGCAAUUGCUGGCAAAAAGAAGGCCCCUCGUUAGACUCAAAUCUCUGAAUUGCAAUGAAACGAAGUUUUUCUACAUUGAAACAAAAUUACAACUUCAAUGCUUAAUAUCUUAA